AUGCGAGGAUUUGUACUCUGCUUCUUAGCCAUCGGAGUGACGUCAGCAGCCUCCUCCACGAGUGGUCCCGUUACCAUGGACCAAUUGAACAAAGUCAUCGAAAAACUACAAGCGAAUCCCCAGUAUGUUCCCGCCUUUGUCGCCGACCCGAUCGUGCACUUCACUGAACAAGAAAAACAGCAAUUCGUCAAUUUCUUGAACGAAUGGAAUAAGGGAGAAAUAAAUGUAACGGACAAGUUCCAGCUACUGAAGAGCUUGCAAGAGAAUGCACCCACUCUUGUACCCACGUUGUUGAAUAUGUAUAUUACAUAUUCAGAGAAACUUAGUAAAGUCGAUCCAGGAGCGAGAGCUUACACUAUUGAGUGGGUGAACGAAUUCAUUGCGUUGACCAAGCAUCGCUACAAUAUACCAUUACUGAUGCAGAAGGCGAAACAGUUCUUCGACGGACUACGGCAUCUUAGCUUCGGAGACGCCGCUACCUUCGCUGGACAGUUCCCCGAAAUCGCGCACUUGUUGGUGGCGGCGCCUUCUGUGCAAAAGCUGCGGAACUUCACGGACAAAUUACCUGAUAACAGCGAGGCUUACAAGGUUGGUUCCUUCUAA